AUGAGCUACUUUCCGGAAAACCUGUGGAAAUGGCAAUGGCCAUUGGUGAAAUGUUCGUGGAGCUGCAUAUCCCAUUAUCUUUUCACCAGUAUAUUGUUAAUGAGCAGUUUAAUUGGUGCUAUCACUUAUCUGCAUUCAACUUCCAAAAGAUUGUCUCGCAGUGCAUUUCGACCACUUGCUAAUGGUAGUGCACAGAGCGUUCCGGCAAUGUUUAAUCUGGGUAACACAUGCUUUGCUAAUUCAUUGUUGCAGGGACUUGCCAGCUCAAGGGCUUUUUUAAAAUGGGUCCAAACGAUUGAUACUAGACUUGCUUAUGAUGGUCACAAAUUGAUGUUUUUGGAUGCUUUAAAGCGAGUUAUCCGAGAAUUAAAUGACGCCACAAAAGAGAUAUGUUCCGCCGCAGAUGUAAUCGAUACUUUACUGGCACACAGAUGGUCCAUACCACCGAAUACGGAACAGGAUUUAUAUGAAUUAUUUAAUGUAUUCGUUACAACGUGGGAUGAAGAGUUGGCAGAACUACGGCAUAAUCGUGAAUCACUGUUGCAGAAAGUCAUCGAAAUCGAACGUGAAAAUAAAACAGCUUCAAGGGCAUCGGUCAGUGAUGAUGAAUCAUUAACCAACAAUGUCCGUCGAAAUGUUGGUUAUUCCAUAUUUAUGGAAGGCAAUGAGAAAAUUCGUGGAGAAGUUUCUCUCAAUAGUGCUAAUUUGAGCUCGCCUUCUGACCUACAUCAUGCGCUUAGCUCACUAUCAUUUGAGCAUGCGAAGAGUAUUGUGGCAGAUGAGAAGCUAUUAAAACCGCCGUGUAUGGGAUUGUUAGCUAUUCAACUGCGUUGCUGCAAAGAAGAAUGCCGUUAUAAAAAAAUUCGUGAAGAAAAAUUUUGCGUUUUAUCGCUUUCGCUUCCGAAAUCUUCUAAUCCGGUGUUGACAUUUUCGAAGUUGCUGGAUAAAUAUUUUACUGCUGAAUAUAUUCAAGGUGCAUCGUGCGAUCGAUGCUUAAAAAGGAAAAAAGAUCCGUCUGGUGGAUUAAUGAAGAAACAAGGAUUUUGUAAGUUACCAUCUUUAUUGAUAUUUCGUAUCGAGCGAGUUGGAUUUUCUCCCAAUGGACACGUUUUCAAACGUACUGAACGCUUUUUACUUCCUGAAUUUAUUGAUAUUCGAGAAUAUUGUUUCUUCAGCGAACAAAGUAAGUCAAAGCAAACGGAAGAUCCAUUAUCAAAUCCAUGUUUUCGAGUUUUGGGAGGCUCAGCUUUGAAUGCUUCAUCAUCUAUCCCGAAAGUCGAACAGCAGUGGCAACAAACCAUGUCGCUAUCUUCAGUUAACAGUAGAACGAAUUUCUGCGAAUAUAAUAGUAUACUGAAAUACAAGUAUCAACUGCGUGCCAUUUCUGUACAUAUUGGACAAGCUCAUUCGGGUCAUUUUAUUACUUACCGUCGUGGAAUUGGUGUUCAUAAUCGGUCUACUUGGUACAAAACGAGCGACAUGGAGGUCACGCCAGUAUCAUUCGCAGAAGUGGCAUCAUCAGAAGCUUAUAUGCUCUUCUACGAUCGGGCUUUAACCACAUUAAAUUAA